AUGUUGCUAGAAAAAAUUGCUUCUUACGCCAAGAACUAUAUCAGAAAUUUAAAGAACCUGGAAUUUAGACAGCCACGAUCACAGAACAGUGUCAACAAGAAAUGGAAGCCUCCUCUACUGAAUUCAUACAAAACAAAUUUUGAUGGGGCUAUGUUCAAUGAAUCGGAUGAAGUGGGCAUUGGUGUUGUUAUCAGAAAUUGUAAGGGAGAACUUAUGGCGGCACUUUUAGAAAAAAUUCAGAAACCACAAUCUGUUGUGGCCUUGGAGAUGUUAGCUGCAAGAAGGGCAGCCCUUUUUGCCUGUGAAUGUGGUUUUCAACAAUCGUCAUUCGAGGGAGAUUCUGAGUUGGUGAUAAAGGCUCUAAGAUAUGGAGAAAUGCAACAUUCCUCUGUUGGUCAUAUUCUAAAAGACACAAUGUCUUAUGCAAGCUGUUUUCAGAGUUGUUCCUUCUUUCAUAUGGGUAGACAAGGCAACUCCAUUGCCCAUGCCUUAGCCCAAAGAGCAAGGCUCUCUUUUCCUAUUGUAGUCUGGAUGGAGUCUGUUCCUCUAGACAUAAUGUCUUUUGUUAUGUCGGAUAUUUCAUCCAUUGAGUAA